AGUAUCGAAAAUUGUCCUCCGCACUUCGUCGAAAAAUCGAAAAAAAUGGCUUCGUUGUGUGGAAGAAUUAUCUCUUCUUCAGUAAGAAAAAAUGUAUUAUGUUCGAGUUUACGCUACACUUCCAAAGGAACUUCUAUGGGAGACCCAGUUGAACACGCAACAGGUCUUGAAAAGAGAGAAAUUCUUGCUAAAGUUGGAGGUAAUGAGAAUCCCUUUGAUUUAAAAGUAAUUAAACGUGCUGCUGGAACCAAAGUCAGUCCUAAUGAAAUUCCAUCUGCUUUUGAUGCCCGUUUAGUUGGAUGUAUAUGCGAAGAGGAAGCCACUUGCAUUAACUGGAUGUGGCUCCACAAAGGUGAACCCAGAAGAUGUGAAUGCGGACACUGGUUCAACUUGGUCCACAAGUCCGCAGUUUAAAUAGACACUGUGCUUAGAGUAAUAUAGCAGUUUUAAUGUAAUAAAUUUAUUUGUUCUUAUUUUUUUCUGUGUUAUUUUUUCUCCUGUAAAUAUUCUUUCUAAUUAAAUAAAUCUGCCCUUGCACAGAAUGUAAUGUUAUUAAAGAGCAAUAAAAUGUGAAAGGAA